CCCCUCUCCGCCUCGGCUCUGACCUUCCUCCUUCCCGCAGCCCCGGCGAUAUCCCAGAGAGACGCGGUGGCGGCGGCAGCGCCAGCCCCCUCCUCCCCCGGGAAGUCGACCGGGCUUGAGGCCGAGCCCCGGACGUCCCGCGUAGCCCCGAGGCGCCGCCGAUGGUGCCCGGCGCUCCUGCCCCCAGUUCUCACAGCCACCGGGUGAAGCAGGCGCCAUCACCCCCGCUUUGCAGAUGAGAAAACAGGAAGGGGGCCAGUGCAUGAGCAGCUGAGCCUGCUAACCGCAGCUCCGCACUUGUCCAUCCCCCUGCGGCUACACCAUGUCCGGCUCCUACGAUGAGGCCUCACUGGCUCCAGAGGAGACCACCGACAGCUUCUGGGAGGUGGGGAACUACAAGCGGACGGUGAAGCGCAUCGAUGACGGCCACCGUCUGUGCAACGACCUGAUGAACUGCGUGCAGGAGCGCGCCAAGAUCGAGAAGGCGUACGGGCAGCAGCUCACGGACUGGGCCAAGCGUUGGCGCCAGCUCAUCGAGAAAGGCCCACAGUAUGGCAGCCUGGAGCGGGCCUGGGGUGCCAUAAUGACGGAGGCAGACAAGGUGAGCGAGCUGCACCAGGAGGUGAAGAACAACCUGCUGAAUGAGGACCUGGAGAAGGUGAAGAACUGGCAGAAGGACGCCUAUCACAAGCAGAUCAUGGGUGGCUUCAAGGAGACGAAGGAGGCUGAAGAUGGCUUCCGCAAGGCCCAGAAGCCUUGGGCCAAGAAGAUGAAAGAGCUGGAGGCAGCCAAGAAGGCCUACCAUUUGGCUUGCAAAGAGGAGAAGCUGGCCAUGACACGGGAGAUGAACAGCAAGACGGAGCAAUCGGUCACACCUGAGCAACAAAAGAAGCUGCAGGACAAAGUGGACAAGUGCAAGCAGGAUGUGCAGAAGACACAGGAGAAGUACGAGAAAGUGCUGGAAGAUGUGGGCAAGACCACACCCCAGUACAUGGAGAACAUGGAGCAGGUGUUUGAGCAGUGCCAGCAAUUCGAGGAAAAGCGGCUGGUCUUUCUCAAGGAGGUGCUGCUGGAUAUCAAACGGCACCUCAACCUUGCUGAGAACAGCAGCUACAUCCAUGUGUACCGUGAGCUGGAGCAGGCCAUCCGGGGGGCUGACGCCCAGGAAGACCUCAGAUGGUUCCGCAGCACCAGUGGCCCCGGCAUGCCCAUGAACUGGCCCCAGUUUGAGGAGUGGAACCCAGACCUCCCUCACACCACCACCAAGAAGGAGAAACAGUCCAAGAAGGCAGAGGGAGUGGCGCUGACCAAUGCCACUGGGGCAGUGGAGUCCACAUCCCAGGCUGGGGACCGCGGCAGUGUUAGCAGCUACGACAGAGGCCAACCCUACGCCACCGAGUGGUCAGACGACGAGAGUGGGAACCCCUUUGGGGGCAGUGAGGCCAACGGGGGUGCCAACCCCUUUGAGGACGACUCCAAGGGAGUGCGAGUGCGGGCACUCUACGACUAUGACGGCCAGGAGCAGGACGAGCUCAGCUUUAAGGCCGGAGACGAACUCACGAAGCUGGGCGAAGAGGAUGAACAGGGCUGGUGCCGUGGGCGGCUGGACAGCGGGCAGCUGGGCCUCUACCCUGCCAACUACGUGGAGGCUAUCUAGAGGCCCUCCCUCCAUACUCCCCUCACUCCUCCCCACUGCCUCCCCUCCCCUCCCACUCUCGUCUCCUUCCCCUCGCCAUAGAGUUCCAGACAUAUUUUCCGAUCAAGCUUUUAUUUUUUUAAAAGUCAAAACAGAACAAAACAAAGUAUACAGAGACAGAGCAUUUGCAGGGCCACCUGGAGGCUGCGGUGCUGGGGCUUGGGAUGAUGGUCCCAGGGUAGGUAACAGGUUUAGGACUUAGCCCAACAUCACAACAUCUGCUCUUUAGGUUCCACCAAAGAGACUCCUGAGCCCUGAGAGAUGUCUCCUGACCCUUCCACCCUGCCUCACUCCCUCCGUCCCACUCCACUCCAGGCUGCCGGCACCUGUCCCAUUCCCUGGCUUGGUUUCCUAACCUUUUCUUCCUCCCCUGCCCUGCUUCCCUUCCUCCACCACCCUGCUCUCAAAGGCCUCCUCUCCAGACCCCAGGAAGGGAGGCUUCCCCAUCUUUAGUCUUCCACUCUAACCCGGGGAGCAUCCUUCUACUUCUAACUGCGUCCCUUGGGCCCAGUGGGACCUCCUCCCCGCUGGAGGUUUCCAGGGGUCCCCCAGACAUGAAAGAGGGGUGAGCUGGAGGAAGUCAUGGUGUCACUGGGGUACAGGAGGGUGAAUGAAGGGCAUGCAGGCUCUCAGCCCGGGUUGUGCCAGCCCUCCCAGCCCCAGGCCCAUCUGAGGGACCAAGACCCUGUUACCCAGGCCCUUCUUUCCAGCCAUCAGCACUUUGAGCAUCAGCUCUUCAGCAGAUCCAAACCCCCUCAGCAACUUGCCGAGGACCUGUCCCCUCUCAUAAGUCCCCUGGCCUAGGGUGGGGACCCCCAAACAGAUGGCAAAGCCAGCAACAGUAGCAGCCUCCUCCUAUUUGCUGGGGAGGAGGUCAUCUUGUCCCCCUGGCCCCCCAUGCUCCCUCCAUGUCCAUCCAAAAACCAUAAAAUCACUGGGUUCCACAUCAGCCUCCAUGAGGCCAAGCCUUGUACCUGCAAAGCUCUUGGCCUAACCAUCUCUCCGCUUCUCUGACCUGCCUGGGGAGCCUGCAAGGGCCGCAUGGGUGCCUCCAGCCUGAGACAUCAGGGGAGAACCUGCAGCUGAGUUUGGCAGAAAGGAGGAACCCUGGCCCUCAAGAGGAAGAUAGUCACAUGUCUUUCUUCCUUGUCCCCACGGCCCCCAGAACAACAUUCCCCCUGCUGGCAGCCCUUCCAUCUCUCCAAGCCGGGGUCAAGGUGAAAGGACCUUUGGGGGUGGGUGGAAGCGAAGGGCCCACCUGCUGGUUGGUGAGCAGUAGUGCUGGAGUGCUAGGUACCGGCCUCUCCGCACGAGAGGGUUACAGGGUCUUGGGAAGCAGACCAGGGUUGGACAAAACCCCAUGAGGGUGGGGAGCUGGAAGAAAAGUCUCUUGGGGACCUCUGAGGCAAGGAGCUGAGAAGUCCUGCAGCACCAGGUGAGACUUGCUUACGGUGGAUGCCACUUCUAGGCCUUUGGACCGCAGAUGCCCUCCUUCCUCCUGCACAUCUGGCCUCCUGGGCCUCCAGGUAAAGAGAGAGAGCCAGCCCAGCCCUGUUCCCCCUCAGUCCUCCUUUGCUCUUGCUGCUUCUCCCAACAGCCCACUGUUAGGAGGUAGUAGACCCCAGCCUCAAGGUUCUGACCUUCUCCGUGUGGGCACAAAAGGUCCUGACACUCUGGCGGGGGCCUGAGCUGGGGCAGGCCUCCCUCAGGGCCAGGGGCGAUGGCACCCCAGGGAAAGGCAGACCUUCCUGCUGCCAGGACCCCCUUCCUUAUCACUGUCUGGUCUCUGGGCCUUGGCUGCCACCUGAGAUGUGU